AUGAUAUCGUGCUUUAAGUGUGGUCGAUCGGGCCAUUUCGCUCGUGAAUGUAUGAAUUUGCCUGGAAACAAUUCAACAUAUUUUGAAUCUUUUAAUGAUAUGAAUUGCAAUGAAAACAUGUUUAAUAAUUUUAAUUCUUUUGUUUAUAAUAAUAAUAAUAAUAAUAAUAAUAAUAAUAAUAAUAAUAAUAAUAAUAAUAAUAAUAAUAAUAAUAAUUCAAUUAAUGGAUUACAACGUUGUUAUCGUUGUAAUGAAUUCGGUCAUAAAGCUCGUGAAUGUUUAUCAGAUAAUGAUAUUCGUACAUGCUAUAAUUGUGGUCAAAACGGACACAUUCGUACGGAUUGUACAACAUCAGUAAAUACAAUGUCAAAUAUGUAUCGUAAUUCAAGAAAUAAUACUCUCUGUUAUCGUUGUGGUCAGUCUGGACAUUUUGCAAGAGAUUGUUCGAUAUCAAUAGAGAGUAAUGGUGCUCCUGUACCCGAUGUAAUAAACGGUGUUUUGAGUGAUCGAAUUUGUUUUAAUUGUUCACGUCCUGGUCAUAUUGCUGCAGCGUGUCCAGAAAUUAGUCAAACAAAUAUGCGUGAUGUUAUUUGUUAUUGUUGCAAUCAAACUGGUCAUUUAUCUCGCGAUUGUCCCGAGUCUAGUAUCAAAUGUUACUCUUGUGGUUUAAUGGGUCAUAUGGCACGCAAUUGUUCCAAUAAUCGUAUAUUUUCUUCAGCACCAUUCAUGCAACAACGUCAGAUGACUGUUUCAAAUCAAUUAAAUGACGCAUACAUGCCAUUAAUUAAUUAA